UUCCUGAGCAGCGCUGCCGUGCGCCCGGAGGACCGACCGACCGACGUCCGGGAGAAGACAGUGGCGAUGCGGGCCGACUUUCGCCGCUCAGCCGCCGCACUUAUCUGAUGGCGUCUUUCCGGGCUCUCGGCGUUUUCCGCCGGCGCCUUUACUCGCACUUUAGCGGCAGGAGCUUCGGCUUGUGCAGCGGGAGAGGAAACCAGAGCCGAGCCGGAGCCAGGUCCGGGGUUGGGCCUGGUCCCCGAGAGGGAGCAGCGACCUCGGGUACGGGGCAACCGGGGGUGACCGCACUGGACAGGGCGGAUGCUUGGAUGCUCAGGAAGGCUCAUGAAGCAGGUUUUCUCUCCUGGUUUCGGAAUGGACUGCUGGCCACUGGAGUUGGAGUUAUGGCUUACAUGCAGAGUGACGUGGCGAGGGAGGCAGCUUACGGAUUCUUCAUCCUCGGCGGAGUGUGCAUCUCCUACGGGAGCGGGUCCUACAUCACCAACCUCCUCCUGCUCAGGCGGAUGAUGAUGCUGACGGUGCCCACGGCCGUGCUGAGCGGGUUGGUGGUGGGCACCGUGGCGCUCUUCUGGGUCUGCGCCCUCUCCCUCUACAUCGGCCGGCUCGAGGUGGAGUUCGUCUACGACGAGGAGUGCGAGGACUGCCAGCCGAAAGAGGACAGCAGCAAAUCGGACAAGUAGCGGGGGGUGGAGAGGAGAGGAGUGGAGUGGACGGUGGAAGCGGGAAUUUGGACCUGUCGAAACCUGUACGUAACGCACGGUGCCGCGGCUGACGGGGCGCCGGAAGUGCCUCACUAUCCAUAAAGAGCUGAAAGGAGGCUAUAGAAAUGCAAAAUCUCUCUAUUUAAUCGGGGGGGGGGGAGUGGGGCUUAGAAAGGAAAAUUAUUGAUUUUAAGAGCCUGUGGCUGCCCUUCAUUUUCUGUUCCCUGCCUGCAAGUAGUUUAGUUGCUGGAAGCGGUCGGCAGCUUCACCCACCGAUGUGUGCCUGUAACAAAGUCACUCGUCUGCGUUGCGCUAUCCUGUCUUGCCUCGUGCAGCUAGAAGGGGCCCCUGCAGUCCUGGGUUAAUAAACUCCCAGGCAGGGGCUCCCUUCUCCCGAUCCCUGUCCAGUCAGCGCACCGCCCCCAGGUGCAAUGUGUGCGUUGUGAGUGAUUCGCAUUUGGCUGCAGCUCGGCGCCUCCCACUGCCGAACAGCUUCCCCUUGUUCCGAGGCGCAAGAGGUACUGCGGAUGCUGGAAAUCUGGAGCGAUGCACGCAAUGUCCUGGAGUAGCUCAGCAGGUCAGGCAG